AUGAGAUUAAUUGUUUGCGUUUUACUCCUAUUUACAACUGUAAUUGCUAUUCCCAAGAAACAAAUAUUACUUGGAACAAAAUAGGAUGAACCAGUCAUUGCUGAACAAACUAAAUCAAGUGAUGUAGAAUAAGUACUUUAAUAAUAAACUGAUGAUCAACAAGAUGGAUAGAUGAAUGAAUUUAAAUAAAAAAAUACUGAUUAGACUGCUAAUAUGAGUACUUUACUAGAGCGGCUCUCUUAGUUUCAAAAUUAUUUUGAGAUUUUGUUAUCCAAAUAACAGCAAAUUGGAGUUUUCUUAGUGUGUUUAAUUUGUUUUGCCUUUUAUUUGAUGAUAAAAUUAGAAGAUCAAAAUAUUAGGAAGAAAGAGUAGAAUCCAAAGAGAAUGAUAAAAAGGCAGUUUUAAGAACACAAUAUCGUUAUAUUGACAGAUUCAUUAUUCGAAAAAGAAUAAACAAAUUAACCAUUGAUUUCUACCAUUUUUGGAUCAAUUAAUUAAGAAGAACAUGUGUUUUUAUAUGUUUUAGCUUUUUAGAAAUAAAUCAGCUGAUGAUCUCAAAAAUAAGGAGCAAAUUCCCAUUAUGAGGAGAUCCAAUUCUUAGCCUUUUCUGAAACAAUAACAUCCAGAUUACUCGGCUGAAGAAAUACACAAUUUAUUGAAGGAUAUUAAUUGAUGAACUUAAC